GCUCCGGUCAGACCGACUGCAGAUGAAGUUUUCACUCACACUCACCCGGUGGGACUCUCAGGAAUUCAAAUUAACCGACCGGACUUCACCGUGCAACUGACAUGUUGCGAUGUUUCGCGCAGACAUACAAAACGUGCACUUGUUUGGCGUCAUUUUGUUGUGUUUUGCACUUUUUCCGGAGGCUGGCUGUGGGUCAGCCGAUGCAGGCAGCUGUCAUGAGGUGAAGAUAGCCUACAUGAUGCGCCAGAUAGGCCCCGUGGAGCUGGUGCCAGAAAGACCCGGGACAGGGGAGCCGCUGAGAGUGUGUGUGCAUGCUGGGCCCAGCUGCUGCACCAGUAAAAUGGAGGACAGCUACAUGGCAGCUGUUCGUAGCGAGAUGCAGCACAAGAUGCGAUCCUACAGCUUCGAACUCAAAUACCUGAUUGAUGGCCAUGGAAAGGCCUUCCAAGAAACCUUUGAGUCACUCGUGUCCUUCACAUCGAACCUGACAUGCAGUCUGUUUGACAGCGCCUACUCCGCUCUCGCAUCAGACUGCCGGCUUCCUGUGUUCCAGCUGUUUUCCGACAUCAGACGCCACCUUUCAGGAGACGCUGACUCCUCCCUGAACAACGCAGUGCGCCGAUUUUACAACGACCUCUUCCCGCUGGUGUACCGCCGCCUGCUCAACCCUGGGAUUGGCCGUCCGUCAGCAACAUCCCAUUUAUCCUUCUUAUCCAAUCACGACGACUGUCUGCGGAUGACACAGCAGGAUGUGAGCCCGUUCGGACCUCAUCCUCGGCUGCUCGUCGGCAGCCUGUCUCGUGCUCUCGGACCCGGUCGGGCGCUGAGCCGGCUGCUGAGGCUGGCAGGAGAAGUUGUGAAUUCAACAGAGAAGGUGACCUUAUCCAGGGAGUGUGGACGGGGAUUAGUAAAGAUGCAGUACUGUUCGCACUGUAGAGGUCUAACGCUGAUACGGCCCUGCACUGGACUGUGUCACAAUGUCAUGAAAGGAUGUCUGGUGGGUGUUUCUGAGCUUGGUGCCCCCUGGGGACGCUUGGUGGUAUUGCUCCAAAGGUUAGCUGCUACUUUAGCAACCAGCAGCAACCACAACAGUAUGGAGCUAGCUCUGCUGGCAGUUCGAAACCAUGUGAAUGACGCAAUACUACACGCACAACUUCACGGUCCACGAAUCACAGCUACAGUAGAGAAGGUUUGUGGGCCGCAGGAACCUGGUUUCAUGCUUAUGGAUACGAAGUCGUCCCAAAUGCAUCCUGUAACCCGGGCAACGCUACUCACCUCGAAGACGUCGGCGGUAACUCUGCCUGCUUCACCUCAUCGCCAUUUGCAGUCGCAUCCCCAGAAGUCAUUCCCUCUUAAAGGUGCSAAAGGAGACAAAAGUCGGAGCCUGAAAAAACUAUCAAGGGAAUUUGAGAUCUCCAUCCAGCGGUACCAGUGGUUUUUGUCUGAGCUGCCUGAGAUGCUUUGUGAAAGUGAAAUGGAGGUUGAGCAGCACACAUGCUGGAGUGGUGAAGAUGUUGUAGAAAGUUAUGCAGGUCACGUUGUUGGCAGCACUUUGAAAGCCCAGAAGGAGAAUCCAGAGACGUCUAUACGCCACACAGAUCCUGCCCUGAAGGAGGUGAAGCAAAGGCUGGAGCGGCUAACGCAGGAGCUGUUGGUGGAYCUCGGCUGGGCAAGCAGGAAGAGAGGAAGAGGCGAAGAGGACGGAGGGAGCGCCCUGCCAGAUGGAAGCGGCGGAGGAGAUUGCGAUGAUGAGGAUGGCUGUGGAGCAUCUGGUGAAGAGAGCUCUGGCGACGGUUCCUCGAGCGGCCGUAGUCCAGAAGCGAAAGACGUGGCUCCUGCCGCUCCCCGUCGCCCAGUUCCUCCAGUUCCUCCAGUUCAAAAUUCACCUCCCCAGGUGGCUGUUCACGGCUCAGCCCAUUCGAUGACCUUUGAACCCCUGACAGGGUUAAUUAUUCCUCUGCUCCUGAUGCUGUCGCCAUGGGAACGCCGCUGACAGCGAAGCGAGUGAGAAGGUUGAGGGAGAACCGCGUGCGGCCAUGUUGGAUUCGUAACAAACUGCUCUGAUUGGUGGAACAAGCUGCCGGUGCAAAGAACGCCUUUUUUACUAUUACCUGUUAACUGACCUACCUGUGUUUGUGUUUAAUGGUGAUAGGAUAGUUCGCACAGCAUUACUGACGUUUUGUUUUUUUUUUGUUUUGUUUUUUUGGAGAAGAUGUAAAUACAAGUAUAUAUAAAUUAUAUAUUUAUAUUGAGAGGUUCAGUAGAUCAUAGCCUGAUGUGUACAUUGAGUUUAAUGUGGAACAAAAUGGUAAAAUUUUCUUAUUUCAGUACGGUCAAGAAAUUAAUUUACAUUUACCUUUUUGUUGCCACUACAGCAAAACYCCUGCAAACAUGUAAUAUUUGUCAAAAUGAGGAUGGUGCAUGCAGGAAGGUUCUUUCUUAAAAGGCURAACAAACGUAUCUGCUGCUUCUGCUGCUUGUCAGUCUGUGCACACUGGUCUCGCCUUGCAGGGUUUAUCUCCUUAGGAAGACUUUGUGAUAAUCUGACUGCAAAAGGCGUCAUUUUGGACAUUUUGCCAUCAUGCCCUGCAGUGUUUGCAUUUCUUGAGCCAAUAAGAAACAUCCUCAGCCGUGCUUAGUCCAGGUUUUUUGUUGACUUAUUUGGUGACAUUGUAAUUUUACUUGUUAAUUUGGUCAGAURCRUGAAUUAGCAAUGUGGCGGUUUUGCAAAAUACAGAUGAAAAACCACCACAGRAACUUUUUAUCAUGAGUUUUGUUGAAAUUAUCUUGUUUCCAUUAAUCAAAUUUAUUUCUGUAAUUCCGGUUUGCGACCGGCCAGCUAGCUGCGACAUGCAGCUAGCUGGCCGGUGAGGCGAACUUUAAAGCUCAUUGGUUGAAAAGCAUUUCCACUGCCAUGGACCCGUUGCUUGCUAUUGUUUACGUCCCGAAAUGUCACGCAUAUGCACAAGGCUGGAAGGCAAAAGGAUGAUUCUUUUACUUGCUAUCCAUAGCCGCGUUGCAGCAGCAGAACGACUCUGUUGACAAAAUGAAACCUGGAGAUUCAAGUAUUAUUAAUGUAGUGAUAUGCGCCACUGCAAAGRGAAGAAUAAUGCUGAAAAACCGUCGAAGAACAACUCACAACCACUUUUUUUUUUUUUUUUUUGCUCUUUGUGCUACAGCUACACUAUCCGCGGACUCGUUGCCAUAGCAACCGACAACGACGGCACUAUACGUUUGGAUUCAACACCAACAAAGAGCAGAACCUUCAGUCCGUUACAGUUUCAUGAUUUAAGGCUUGAUACUUAUUUUGCGAUUAUUAAAAAGUGAUCGCCGUGUUAGRUUAGCUACCGCUGCUAAUAGCUARGCUAACGCAGCGGUGGUUGAUUAGCUAAUUUAAACACCCGCCUCUACUGAUGAUCUGUCAGAGCUGGUGUUUAAGUCGCUUUUCAAAACUUUUUAGCUGAACCGAAACACAGAGAAUUAAUUCCACAGCACAUCUACAUGUUACGAUUGUCAUAGUCAAGCUAGCAUAGCUGAACUGCUUCCCUCUCGCUCACUACUUUUUCUAUGUAAAACUUUCUCCUGACGUUGUUAUUCAGUUGUCUUUCUGCGUCCCUUUUAAUUUUAUGUAUCAGGCGUACAGUUAAGUUUUAGCACAUUAUACUGAUAACAGCUAAAACCAAUGCUAGCCACCGUCAGCUUUUUGCCCUCCAGUUAAAUAGACGAUAUGGACCCGAUAUGCAACGGGUCCAUAUCGUCUAUUUAACUGUUUCUAUUUAACCUGGCAAUACAUAGAGCCUGAAAUCUGAUUGGACGAAACGUCAAUAAUCCACACAGACAUUUUAGGGAAGCAAUACAGCCAAAAAAAAAAAAAAAAAAUGCUACAGGAAAAAAAGAAUAGACUUUUGGAAGUAAAUUAAUACAAUUUAAUUGAACAGACAUUAUAAUUUAGGUUGUAGAUAUUCUGAUAGUGUUUGGGCCAGUAGAGAAAGCAUAGCACUGAAGAUAUAUUCACCAAAAUAUGUGCAGUUAUCUCAGUUGAUACACUUUAUUUAUGAUUUAUCUGCCAGACGAAGCAUCGUCAGAACAAAUAUAAUUUGGUAUCAGGCUGUGAACGCUCUGCCAUCAUUCUCAGUUUGAGUGUAAAAAUGUACAUGUGCACAGGAGUGUUGUAUUUAGAUUGUGGUAGAAAACAAAAAAGGCUUCACCAAUUUCAUAUUUGCAAGGUUAUGUUUGAAUAUAAAAGAUUUAUUUUCAUAUACAGUAUUUUUUUUAGGCAUAUAAAGCACUUUUGUAUCAUUAGGCUGAUGAAAUGAUGACUAUUUCUGCAUUUUAGGUGUAAUAAUUGAUUGUAAGUAAGUGAUAGCAAAACAAAGUAUUUUGUAACAAGUUACUACUUUAUGACAGAUAUUAAUAAUUCUGCAAAAGUUGGAGCAACACCACUCAUAAUCAGUUGUACAGAAAAGACUUUCUGUUCUUUUACAACAGCAAAGUGCUGGGAUCAAGCUGAACUAUGUCAUGGUAAAAAAAAAAAGUUAAAUAAAUAAAUUACUACA